AUGGUAAAAAAAACAAAAGAAAAUACAUCCAUUACUUCUACCACUACUACUCGUAAAAAAAGAGAUCAUGGUAAAUCAUGUUUAGUAUGCCGGAAAAGAAAAAUUAAAUGUGAUAAGACAAAGCCGGUAUGUCUAGCUUGUGUCAAACAUAAAUCUGCCAUGGAUUGUACUUAUAACAAUACUAAAUUUAAAACGGAAAAUAAGUCAAUAGGCAUUAACACUGCUACUACUUCUACCAUUCCUGUCAAGCAUAACGUUGAGAAUGAUGAUGGAACCACAACACAUAUUAAAAUAUCUACAAACAAUAAAAAUCUUGCAGUACCCGCACCCAUAUUUGAUAACAAUAAUAAUGUCGAUAGUAUUAAUAACACCAACAAAAAAAUAUUUUCAAAAAGUUGUGCAAAGGGUACCACUUCAAAAAGUGGCAUGAAAAAUAACAGUACGGACAAAAUAGGGUCUGCUAUUUCAUCGUCAGGAUUCCUCAAAAGUUAUGUUCCCAGUUCAAAUGUGUUAUUUACUACAGAUUCAAACGGCAAUGUCAUGGAAUACAACGAAAAUAACGGCUCCACUGACAAAAAUAUACACGAUAACGGAUUGCCUGCUAAUUCCCGGACUGUCGAAGACACCAGAAAAGUACUUGUAAGUUUUAAUACGGACCAGAACCACAGAACUAUUUCCAAAAAAGUUUUUAGAAGCGUUAGAAAACAAAGAAUGUUGAAGGAAUUCGUCGAGUUGAAAAAUAGGUUUGACCUGUUAGAAAAUCUACUAUUAGCCUCCCUUCAAGAACAACAGGAAGAGGAUGAAGAAGAAGAAGAAAAACAACAACAACAACAACGUCAACCCCAUCCGGAAUCAAUAAUUUAUAAUCAACCACAAAUUCAACAGUCGAUAGUGAGAAGUCAGUAUAGCAGUUCUGCUAAUACCCCCACCAACUGGAACGGUUUAACUGACAGUUGCGAAGAUGAUCCAGAAUUAUUUUUGGCUGACCCUCAAUAUGGAUUAGCAGACCUUCCCAAAAUGAACUUUUACGAUGGGUAUGAACAGGUUAGCGAGCUAUGUAAUAGAUUAACGUUUUCGGGACCAUUAGCCUUUAUAUCUGUUUGUAAAAGGGACCCAUUUGCAUUUGUAUUAGUCACCAUGAUCACCAAAACAAGACACGAAAUCGCAAGACGCUUUGAGACAAAAACACAAGAGAAAUAUGCUAGGCUAAGGGUGACUACUAGGUAUAUCACCCAACAAUUCAAUAUUGAUCCGAAAGUUAGUGUCCAAUCGCCAAUUAGCGUGACUCAUAAUAAUAGUUUUAAUAGUAGUACUGCAAAUGAAAAUGACAAUGAGCAUAUUACCAAUGAUCCGCCAUUAACUACCAGCGAAUUAUCUAUCAUUCCACCACAUUCCACCACUAAUAGUAACACCAAUAGAAACAACAAUUGUACAAAGAAAAAACAAUAUUCCAUAAAUACUGGCAAAGAUAUGCAAAAUUCAUUAAGUGUUGAAGACAACAUACUGAAUAAAAGAGAUAAUUUUACAACGAAGCAACGGAAUGAUUCUAAUAGGGGGAAUGUUACGACCUAUAACACUAGAUCAAAAAGAACAAAUGAUGAUAUUGAUGAUAAACUCAUCGUUUCUAAUAGAAAAAAAAAUAAAACAACUGCAGAAGAGACUGUUAUUACUGUGGACAAGGACAAUACCAAUAAUUGCAAACAAAAUAAUGUUUCUGAAGAAGAAGAGGAAGAAGGAGAAGAAGAAGAAGAAGAAGAAGAAGGAGGGGCUUAUAGAAAUUAUGGCAAGACAGAUAAUGUGAAGAGUCUUAACAACGAAGUAGAUAGUACUCCUCAGCACAAGGAAGAAAUUAUGCUAAAUAAAACAAACAGAACCGAAUACAACAACGAAACAAAUUCGAUAAUGUCUAGCGUAAACCAGACAGAGAGCCCCUAUAGUGGGAAAAAAAAUAUUAACAACAGUAGUAAUAAUACUAAUAAGGAUAGUAACAACAACAAUGUGCCUGAUAACACAUCGGAUCUCCAAAUUAAAGGCGAGGGUGGUAAAGUUGUGGAGACGGUUUUUGAACAAAAACUAUUAGAAAAUGAAGGCUUGGAUGAAAUGGAUUCUAUUUUCCAAGAGGGUAAGAUUGCUAAUAACCCAUUGUCUGUGGAGAACCUAAUAAAUAAACACAACCAUCUAGGGAAUAGAAACAGAUUAAACUCUGAACCACAUUCACAAAAUAGCAACAAAAAUGAUUUUUUUUCUACAAAUAUUUCUGGCAGAUCAAAUACUAUUGCCACGUUAACCGCAAAAGACAACACUUUAAGAGAUUCCUCAAACUCUUCCCAAAAAACAUUAGCUGAGUUUAAAAGUAACUCCGCUCCAGAUAUAAAAAUACUGAAUACGAAAUCUCAAAACUCGACAAACCCAAUUACAAAUAUUCUUGCUUCCUCUAAUACUAAAGGAAUGCGGAAAAGUUUAUCUGAGCACGGUGUUUUGACGGAUAACGCCGAUAAUAGCAUUUCAGGUUCUAGCAACAAACUUGCAGCUUACAAUAACAGUGAUAACUAUGAUGAUAAAACGGCUAAAGGGAAUACUUCGACUGGAAAAACACCCGAUGAAGAUCUAUAUUUGUGGAGAACAUUAGAUUCAGUCUUAACCGCGAUACAAGAACAGAGCAAUAAUAUCAGUACUAAUGGAAAUAGCCAAGCAGCGAGUUCAUCUAAAACUGUUACUGAAAGGGUUCCGGAAAUGAUAUUUGGUCAAAAUAGUAUCUCCAAGGGUAAACAAGAAUUAGAGGUUUUAAUGAGAAUUAGAUCUAUUUUGCCCUCUUCAAAAAUCAUAUGGAUGCACAUUGAUAAUUAUUUUAGGUCCCCAAUUCAUGGGCUUUUCCCAAUAUUAAACGAAGAUUGGUUUAGAGAGGUUAUGCAGACAAUUAUUGGCCUAGAUACAUCGUCGGACCAACAACCCAAAGUCAAUGCAGACAAAAGAUUUGAUAUAUCCAAGUUAGGAUCACUGUUAAUCGUAUUAAGAUUAUCUUAUAUGUCAUAUCCCGAAUCCAUUGAUCUGUGCAAGACUGAAGAAGAAAGGUUUAUUAUAUCCCAUCCAAUUGACAAAGAAUUUAUUGACGUUGCUCAGAUGUGUUUGAACCUUUUCAAGAUGAUGCGAAAGGGCGUUUUGCCAGUGUUGCACUGCGCCCUUUUAUUGAGAGUUUAUCGUCGGUUUGCUGAGGAUGAUGGCGACAUCGUGGAUGGUACAGAUUCUGAAACAUUUACUGGGCUAUUGGUUAAAAUUGCCACCUCCAUUGGUUUAAACACAGAUGUUGCUAAAUCAAAUUGGGUUAAAGAUUAUGCGAUGUAUGUUGACCAAUGGAGAAAGUGCUGGUAUAUCAUAUAUUUUUUUGAUUUUUAUGAGGCCUUAAAUACAGGCAACACAUUUUCUAUUGAUAUCACCACGUUUGAUACUAAAUUGCCAGAGUAUCAAAUGGACCCAGCAACCGGAGAGUAUCCAAAUUUUGUGUUGAAUCCACACCUGGAUGACGUAGUUGUUUGUAACUUUCAGAAAAACUUCCAAAUGACUUUAAUUUGUAGAAAUGUUUUAAAUUCAAUCACCAACAAAAGAAGCAAAGUUUCCUUAAUUGAAUUGCAAUCUAACGUAAACAAAUUGGAUAAUUUUAUCAGAAGGGAAUAUGGCUCCAAUUUGAAAAUUAUUGUUGACAUGCCGAUUACUGACUUGCCCAGCAGCGUUAAGAAGAUUAAUUGCUUUAAAACGUUUGUGGAUUGUAAUUCCUUAAUUUUUAUGGUUUACGUACAUAUGUUUAUUCACAUUGAUAAACAUAUUGGAACAUUGAUUAAGAAUAAGAAUAACAAUAAUAUUAAUGUCAAGGAGUGCAAUUACAAUGAUCCAAAAAAUGAUAUUUCACAACAUCUCAUCAGAUUGUUGCAUCAUUAUCUAAAAAAAUUUGUUGGCUUGUAUGUGGAGAUCGAACCAGUCUUGAUACUAUGUUAUGAUUCUACCAAAAAGGGUGAAUCCAAAAUUGAGGAGAUUUUUGGGAAAAACUCAAAAAAUUUGAUUAUCCAAAGCUGUGAAUAUAUGGUAAUUAGAUUCAUUCAAGGGUUGCACGUUUUACUUUCGAGAUUACUACAUUUGCAUUACAAUUACAUAAAUGUUCCAGACCAAAGAGUCAACUUUAAAGAUCAGAAAAAUUUUGAUGAGAUAAUUCCGACCGUUGCUAAAAUUAUUGGUUGUGCUAUUAGUAAGUUGGCCUAUGUGAACAGUAUUACACGUCUAUUGAGCCAAAAAUACUUCCAAGUUUGGAGAAUGUCUAAGGGCAAUCGUUUUAUGUUUUCGUUAUUGAGUGAUGAAAAAAAUAAUAUAUUUGAUAGGUCUUCAGAGAUUAAUAACGAACACAGACAGGAUUUCUCCAAUAUACCCACUGCGCACGAUUUGAAUCCAUUUAAAGCAUUACCUUAUUACAAUACAUUUCUUUAUUACAGCCUGAAAGAUUUUCAAGAAAUUUUAUCGAUUUUGUCAUCCGUCAAAUGGAAUAUUUUUUCUAAUGUCAUGGAGCCCGCAGAAAUCGAAGAAGCUUACAAUUUUAGAGAUGUAGAUGUGAAAUCGUUCAUGAAUAUCGCCACAAAGAGAGCUAAGAAUACUGAUAGAAAUAAGAAAACUAAAAAAAAAAGGGAAAAGAAAAAUUCGAGCGGAAGUUCCGAACCUAUUAUUUCAACAAAUAUGGAUAAAAAUAAUAUUGAUGGUCAAAGUAUCGGGGGCGGAAAAAAACCUGAUAAGGCUAAUGGCGCUACUUCUUUUACAGGUAUAUCUUGCGAUAAUAAACCAGAAAGCCCCAGCCGUUCAACUUUUAACAAUCUUACCAGCUCUUUCAGUGACCCUCAUAGUAAUUGUCCUCCUAAGAUUGAUGAUGCUAUCGAAUCAGAAGAUUUUGAGGGUAAGCAACAGGCAAAACAGAAUGACUCUUCCUCUUCUAUCACACCCACUACGGUUGAAACACAAAUGAACUUGCCCAUUGAUGAAAUUGACCAAUUUUGGUUUAACACCGUACUAAAUCAAACCAACAACAAUUUAUUUUGGUCAAAGGAGUCUGGUUUUACAGAUAAUUUACAUCCUAUUUUACAACAACAACAACAACAAGAACCGCGGGAAACUGAAUCGAUUUUCGAUGAAUGUAUACCAGCUUCUGUCUCUAACGACGGGCAAAAAUUUGAGCAAAGCAUUGCUGAACUUCAAGAGGGAGAUGUAUCUUUGAAGCAAUCGCCAUCACAGCAACAACAAAAAACAUUAAAAAUUGGGAGUGAAUUCCAAUUUUCCGAGGAUGGUAUUAGAAAACCAUUGCAAUCAGUUAAAUAUUAUCCAUCAGAAUCUGAACAUGUUUCUGGUGGGGACAACCCUAUUUAUAAAUACGAUGCUACGGCUGGUGUUGGCUUAGACGAAUUGUUUAAUAAUAAAUACUUGCUAAGGGCCCAUGUUUUACAAAAGAUCCAGGACUUGAAAAAUAUUGCUAUUGUGAAUCCGCCGACUUACCAUAGAGGACAAGCAACUAAUAUUGAUGCUAAGGCGGAUAAUCCAAAAAAACGCAAGGCAGUUGUAAAUGAUAAUAGUGUGUUAGAUGAUGAUAACAAGAUUAGUAAAAGCGCGACAAACGUCGACAGAGUUAAUAAUAUUGAUAGUAAUGGUGAUCAACGAACAAGCAAUGGGCUUGUUACGGAACCAAACCCUACUACCUCUAACAAUCAUAGCAUCGAAACACCAAGUAACGCUAAUUAUGGGAGAUUUGAUCCGACAAUGCUACAAGAUCUUUUUAACACUGACUUAUUUUUCCCUAAUCCAAACCCAUAUUUUGGUGAUGAUAUAUAG